AUGACAAUGUUUUGGUUUUUCAGGAUACUUGAUGCUGACAAUGAACUAAUUAAGCUGAGUGCCAACUAUUGUGGUACAAAUAAUGACCUAUUUCACAGCCAACUAUCUCGCAGACGCUUUCAAAACGUCAGAUACUGCAUUGAUAUUACUUUGAAGGUCUUAGAAAUAGCUUAUGCACUCGGGCUUAAUGUUUCUGUCGUUGUUGCUCAUGAAGUGUCUGUUACAAAUUUCGUUUCAGGAGUUUCACCUACAAAAAUAUAUAUCACAGAGGGUGUAAGAAUCUACUUUUACAAAAUUUAUGUAUUAUGUCAUCUUACAUUGCAGUUACUGAGCUACUUGUCUAAAAUUCCAACCGUACGUCUUAUUGUGGUAGUUGGAGAUAUAGAUGAUUAA